AUGAGCCACGUCUUCGCGCCUCGGCUGCCUUCGCUGGCCGCCGCCUCGCCUCUGCUCUAUCUGUACGGCCCCGAGAGGCCCGGCCUGCCGCUGGCCUUCGCGCCCGCAGCCGCGGCGUUGGCCACGUCGGGCCGCGCGGAGCCGCCGCAGAAGCCGCCCUACAGCUACAUCGCGCUCAUCGCCAUGGCCAUCCAGGACGCGCCCGAGCAACGGCUGACGCUCAGCGGCAUCUACCAGUUCAUCAUGGACCGCUUCCCCUUCUAUCACGACAACAAGCAGGGCUGGCAGAACAGCAUCCGCCACAACCUGUCGCUCAACGAGUGCUUCGUCAAGGUGCCGCGCGAGAAGGGACGGCCGGGCAAGGGCAGCUACUGGACGCUCGACCCGCGGUGUCUGGACAUGUUCGAGAAUGGCAACUACCGGCGCCGGAAGAGGAAGCCCAAGCCGGCCCCGGGGGCCCCCGAGGCCAAGCGCCCUCGCGCCACCGAGGCCAUGGAGCUCAGGGGCGCAGAAGCGCUGUCCCCCGCAGCGGGAGCACGGCGCAGUCCCGCCACCCCCGCUCUCCAAGGAGCUCCUGAGCCCAUCUCGCCUCUUCACUGGCCUGGGGCCCCUGCUCCAGUGCCCGGCGCCGACGACCACGCAUCCGCCGUGCUCCGCGCAGAGGCGGAGACUGGGGGCCAGCCGGCACGCACCACGACUAGACGGGGGUCCCCUCCGCUGCUCCCCGCCACCGGCGGCUCCCCUAAGAGCUCAGACAAGGCCAAGAGUUUCAGCAUAGACAGCAUCCUGGCCGGCGGGCAGGACCAGAGGCCGGUCGCCAGGGGCCCGCUCCUGGGGGCCACCAAGCCUGGGCCCAGCGGCAGCGGCUGCCUUCUGGCCACGUCGUCCAGCCUGCGGGCGCCUUUCAACGCUUCGCUGACGCUCGACCCUCACGUGCAGGGCGGCUUCUACCAGCUGGGAGUCCCCUUCCUCUCCUGCCUCCCGCUGCAGCUCCCAGACACGCUGCUCCACUUCCAGUAA